GCUCAAGGCGGCGCUUCCUCUUGGGGAGCGCCGCCUUCCUGGCUGCCGGGGCGCUUUCAUGGGGAGCGCCGCCUCCGGCGCGCUGGACCUGUCCCUGCUGGUGGGCACCUUCAAGGGCGACCUCAGCGAGAGGUAUGACAUCGUCGACCAGCUGGGCAGCGGAGCCCAGGGCGCCGCCUACAAGGUGAAGUGCAAGGUGGACGGCGCCGAGCACGUUGGCGGAUGUGGCCAAGAAAACCUUUGGAGACAAGGCGGAUCUGCUGAAGGAAUUCGACCACAUGAAAGAGAUGCGGCACCCCAACUGCACCAAGGUGAUCGAGAUGAUCGUGGCCAGAGAGCUCGUCGAUGGCGACUGGAAGGAACAGCUGUUCGUGAUCUCGGAGCUAGCCAGGGGCAGCGACCUUCACAAGUACGUGCUCAAGAUGAGCGACUAUCAGAGGCGCCGCCACCCAGAGGUCACUGCGCGGGGGCCCGAGGUCACCGAGGAGUGGUGUGCUGGCGUCUACCGGCAGGCGAUGGAGGGCGUCGCCUACAUGCACUCGAAAGACAUCGUGCACAACGACCUCAAGCCAGACAACAUACUGAUCAUGGACAUGUUUGACCCCGCCAAUCCAAAUCGGGUGCCGGCCGUGGCGAUCAACGAUUUCGGCUGUGCCACCAGGUUGCAUGUGGCCAGCUCCUCUACAAUCAUCGGGGACCCGCGCUACCAGUCGCCAGAGUCUUGGCGGCUAUGCUUCAAGUACAUGGAGCACAAGGCUACCCGCGACAAACUGGACGGCAAGACCGACGUGUGGUCGAUGGGUGCCACCCUCUACGAACUGCUGAGCGGGGGCAUCAUCCCGUUCAUCUACAGGCCCUGCACUCUCAGCGACAUCGACGAGGAGGUCUUCAGCAGCCUCGGCAAGGCGGUGACCGAGGAACCCGUCCAGAUCAGAGAGCAUUUCGACAGCCUCUCUGCACAGGGCGAGAACCUCCUCCGCAGCAUGCUCACGAAGGACAGCGCCGAGCGGCCGUCCGCCGCGGAUGUCCUAAGGCACGAGUGGUUCAGCAUCCGGGGCAAGCCCAUUAGCUCCGAGUCUCUGCAGAGGCUCCGGCUGAAGGCCGUGAAGGGCAGGGCCCACGCCAUGCUGCUGAACGCGGUGUCUCUCAAGCUCCAGCGCGACCACUUCCAGGCCUGCAUGGGCGUCUUCAAGGACAUCCAGCUGGAGCAGAACGGCCAGGUCACCCUGGAGGAGUUCAAGGCCGCCGUGGAGAAGCUGCGGCUGGCGGCGCCCGCGGAGCCGCCCGAGACGGACGACGCGGCCCAGUGCGACGACGCGGAGCCUCGCGGCUCCCGGACCGACCUGCUGUCGGACCCGGAGGCGCUGUUCCGGCAGGCGGACGUCGACCAGAGUGAGACCCUUGACUUCAACGAGUUCGUGGCGGUGACCUUCGACUGGUCGUCGCUGGACGUGGGCACCAUGACCGCGACGCUGCAGAAGCUCAUCAACGACCUGGACAGGGACGACGACGGGCAGCUCAGCCAGGACGAGUUCAACAAAGCCUUCCACGGGGCGCUGGGCAGAGAUGAGCUGAAGCGGGUCUUCAGCCACAUAGACCAGAACGGGGACGGCGCCGUCGGCAAGGAGGAAUUGAGGAGAUUCUUGUUUGAGCCGGCGAGCAAGGAGGAGCUGAGCAGGCUCGCCGCAGUGCCGCCGAUAGGGAGGUCCUGGUCGGAGUUGUCGAUCGCACCGGCGGGGCCCUGUCUGCCGGGGUCGUGCUCCCCAGAGUGCUUCGGGGCCGUGCUCCCGCUGGCGGCGUGUCUCGGCGUCUGCCUGGCAGGGGUUCUGAGGAUCUGCUGACGCCGUGGGCCGGCCAAGCUGGCGAGGUCUUCGCACGAUUCGUGGUGUUGUGUUGUGGACGUGGGAGGUGGGAGGUGGAGACCCUGUUGCCCUCGCGGGCAUGAUUUUGUAGUGGUUUCGGGCAGCCUCCCUCACCGUGGUGCGUAUCUCGUCAGAGGGCUGCUGGCGACGCGCGAAUCGGUGCCAGUUUCACGUCAGCCGCAGGGUGCUUCCUCCCGCUUUCCUCCUCCCUCUUUCCCCCUCUUCCCUUGCUCCCCCCUCUCUCCCAUGAGGCUCCUGGGGGACGCUUCGAAGCCCCCGAGAGCAGCUCCAGCUUCUCUGGAAGAAGCUCCAGAGGUUCUGGGAGAUUCCUCGGAGCCUCUGGGAGGUGCCUCAGAGCCUCUGGGAGUCGCCCCAGGGCUUCCUGGGAGAGGCUUCAGAGCCUUUUUUUUUUUUUUUUUCUCUCUCUCUCUCUCUCUUUGUCUCUCUGUCUCUCCCUCUC